GUAUAAUACGCUACAGUGCACCUGCGCACAAGCUUCCUGAACUCCAAUGAAGAUGGAUAAGGUUUAAAUUCCCUCCCUCCGUCCCUUCCAAGGCAGAAGCUAUCUGUCGCUGCAUUUCUCAUCAGGCAAUGGCGGCGGCGGCGACUGUGAGUAUGAACCUGGGGGCGGCAUUCAGAGGACUAUCGUUGUCUUCCAGCUCGUCUUCGUCCUUCCUCAAAGGAGAGUUUGGUUCGAUCAGUUUGGGGCAAAAGACCUCCGUGUCGUUUCUGUUGAAAUCCCCAUUGACGAUCGAAUCAGCGCACAAGAAAGGAGCGGGAAGCACCAAGAAUGGUCGAGAUUCCAGAGGGCGGAGGCUUGGUGUUAAGAUUUUCGGCGACCAGGUUGCCAAGCCUGGCGCUAUCAUUAUUCGCCAGCGCGGCACCAAGUUCCAUCCGGGUAACAACGUUGGGCUUGGGAAGGAUCACACCAUCUUCUCCUUGAUCGAUGGAUUAGUCAAGUUUGAAAAGUUUGGACCGGACAGGAAAAAGGUGAGUGUUUAUCCCCGCGUCGUGCAGCCUGAAAACCCCAACAGUUACAGAGCAAGAAAGAGGGAGUCUUUCAGACUACAGCGGGAGCGCAGAAAAGCAAGAAGGGAAGGUAAUAUCAUUCAACCCCAGUUGGUAUUGGCAUCAGUCAAUGAAGAUGCCGAAAACAAUCCAAUUGGAUGAUCUGUAAAAGUCCAUGAUUUAUGCUUAAUGCUUGCUUCCUCCAACGGUGUAAUUUCUGUGCUCAGUACUUAAUUGAAAUUUACUUUUUCCA